GAAUGGCCGCGGAGAUACCGGCAGAGAGAUAUUUAAUUAAAAUGGACGAUGAAGAUAUAAGUGAAAGAAAACUAAAGAUUGCUUCCAUUUUAGACAGAGUUAAAAGUUUUAAAACUAAGUAUGGAACAGAAGAUAACUUGACUGAUGAACUAACAUUUUCAAAGUCGUCUGCUGAUACAACAGAGCACACUGGCAUCUUCAACCAUCUGCUAACCCUUAAAGCACCCGAGGAAUGGAUGCGUUUUUUAGUGAAAAUGGAAAAUUCAGGGUUACCCCAGACUGACAGGAUUCUGCUCAAUAAACUGAUUGAAAAUUACAGCCGUGCUGUUGGGGCUCUACCUGCAGAAAAGCACAGUCACAAUGAGAGCUAUGCCCAGAUCCUUGUGCGUUUUGCAGAACUGAAAGCGUUGAUUGAUUCAGAAGAAGCACGUGAACAAUUCCAGUUGGCAAGAUUAAAUUGCAAGAAAUUUGCUUUUGUGCAUACAGGUUUUGCGCAGUUUGAAUUAGCUGAAGGCAAUGCUAAAAAAAGUAAGCAGAUUCUACAAAGAGGAAUGGAUUGUGGUGCUAUUCCAACUGAAAUGCUCGAACUGGCAAUGAAAAACCUACGAUUAAAGAAAUCACAGCUUAUUUCAGAAGAAGAUAAAGAGAAUUUGUCAGAGUUAUCAAGUCAAAGCAGUCAAGACUCAGGCUAUCAGAGUUGUAUCAUUCAAAAUACCCAAAGAAUAAAGAGUGACAGUUCAGCGGAGAUCUCUCUAAAGAUGAGGAGUUACUAUGGAGAUCGGUUUAGUUCUCCCGAAGAAUGUGAUGAAAGUGGGAGGAAGCUUUUAGUGAACAUGCCUAACAAGACAUGUCCAGUUGGUAGAGUACCUAUACAUCUGGUUACUUCCCCAGACUCCCCAUCAAAACAAGAAGCUCCACCUGUUGUUAAAAAAGAUCGGUUUAGUUCUCCCGAAGAAUGUGAUGAAAGUGGGAGGAAGCCUUUUGUGAACAUGCCUAACAAGACAUGUCCAUUUGGUAGAGUCCCUAUACAUCUGAUUACUUCCCCAGUCUCCCCAUCAAAACAAGAAGCUUCCCCUGUUGUUAAAAAACACACAUUUGAUUCCAUGCGUGUACCUGUCUUGCCAUCCUUGUCAAAGACAAAAUAUGUGGGAGAGGACGAUGCGCUCAACUCUCUUAAUAAGCUGACAAACAAUAACAGCCCUCCAUAUGUGCAGCCACCGAAAGAAUACAGCUUAGAGAUGAAAUCCUCUUCAUCUUUAAUAUUGAACAGAAAUGACUCAAACCAGACUGUGAAAAGAAAGGAAGAGUUGACAGAUGAUACGAUUAGUCAGUUCAUUUCUCAAGAAGAUAAACAAGCUGAACCAUACACCAUCCCUAAACUUAACAGAAAGCAAUCGGAUCCUUUCAAACCAGGAGGUGUUGAAUCUGAAUGGAAGUGGAAAGUUCCUGAGACACCUAGUGAUAUAUUUCAACAUGAGGGUAAACGAAUGAGUAUUGAGCCAGGCUUAGCCAGAAGAGUAUCUCCACCUGGUUUAGCAAUAAAGAAGCAUGAUCCAGUCUUUGUUUGUGCAACUCCAGUCAGCAAACCACAAGACGAUUACAUGAACUGCUUUAGAACACCUGUUGUGAAAAAUCCCUUUCCACCAAUGCCUCCAUUGUCCACUCCAUGUAACAACCCUUCAAGCUACCAACAGCCUCAAACCCCAGCAAAUGCCUUCCUGCCACCUGCUUGUUAUCCGGUCUCCACACCUCUUGCUUCAAAUGACUAUAUUGUAGUUAAAGGGCGACCUUAUACAAUUCUCAAACAGAUUGGAACAGGUGGCUCUAGUAAGGUGUUUCAAGUAAUGGAUGAAAAGAAGCACUUAUAUGCAAUUAAAUAUGUGAACCUCCAUGAAGCCGACCAACAGACAAUUGAGAGCUACCAAAAUGAAAUAUCUCAUUUAAACAGACUUCAACAACACUGUGAUAAGAUUAUCCGCCUUUAUGACUAUGAAAUCACACAGCGACAUAUCUACAUGGUAAUGGAGUGUGGAAAUAUAGAUCUGAACUCAUGGCUGAGGAAGAAAAAAACUAUUGAUCCAUGGGAAAGGAAAAGCUACUGGAAAAAUAUGCUAGAAGCUGUCCAUACAAUACAUCAGCAUGGUAUUGUUCACAGUGACUUGAAGCCUGCAAACUUUAUUAUUGUUGAUGGAAUGCUAAAGCUAAUAGAUUUUGGCAUUGCAAACCAAAUCCAGCCAGAUGUAACCAGCAUUGUUAAAGAUUCACAGGUAGGCACAAUAAAUUAUAUGCCACCAGAGGCAAUUAAGGAUACCACAUCAUAUGGAGAAAAUGGAAGGCCCAGAUCUAAGAUAAGCCCCAAAGGUGAUGUCUGGUCUUUGGGGUGUAUAUUGUACUGUAUGACAUAUGGGAAGACUCCAUUUCAGCAUAUUACUAACCAAAUCACUAAACUACAUGCAAUUUUGGACCCAAGUUAUAAGAUAGAAAUACCUGAUAUUCAAGAGAGAGACCUUCAAGAUGUCCUUAGAAAAUGUUUAUUGCGGAAUCCUAAGGAACGUAUUUCUGUUGCUGAACUCUUAGUCCAUCCGUAUGUUCAACUGCCAGAUGAGAAAGUUCAGAAAGGUGCCAAUGAGGAAAUGAAACGGAUACUUGGAGAACUAAUUGGUCUGAACUCCCCUAAUUCCAUAUCUAGAGCAGCAAGGCAAUUGUAUGAUCAGUGCAACAGCGGAACGGGCCUUGAUUUAUCUUCAUUUGGAAAACAGGCCAACCAAAACUCGUGGACUAUGAAGUGAUGUAUUGUAGUUUCACAGUCCUAAUCCUAGGACCCUGAUAACCUGCCAUGCCAUGUAUUAUCUUAGUUGCAUUAUUGUUUUAUAAUUGUUUAUAGUGUUCAAAUGUGUAUAAACACAAAGUAAAUUACUUCUAGCAGUUUUGUAAAUACUAUUUUCUGUGUCUGUAAAUAUUUGUCUUCAGAUUUCCAAGAUUUUUCAUUUGUUUAAAUGGAAAGGGUUACUUAUCACUCUAAAUGUUCACCUACUGAGCAAUGCUGACAGAAAUAAUCUGUUGUGGAAGUGACAUAAUCAUAUGCAACUAGAAAAGGGGUUUGUUUAUGACUGUUCCCUCAGUGACACAGAUCUAUGGAUGUUUUUCAACCUUUUUUUGUAGUUAAUGCUUGUUAAACCUGCACAUGAAUCAGGAGGCCAAAGGUUCAUAGGCCGCAAAUAAUUUAAAAUGUACCCACAAAGGUAUUUCGAUUCUUUGGUUUGUAUCUUUUAUUCCGUUGGCAAAAGGAUCUUUUACGGAUAUAAUCAUAUUAAAGAAUGAAUGGAGUUAAAAUACUGCUAGUCUAAUGUCACAUUCAAGCCUUCUAUGAUUAUUUGUGGCAGAUGGAUGAAAACGCAUUAGACAUGAUACAGAACAUUUAAAGAAUCGUGAGUUUUCCAUUAACAAUUAGACAGCAGUUUUUUAUUCAACUACAUGAGAAGUUUAAUGUAGGGGUUCCAUCCACAAUAAAUAGACCUCCUACUGAAUACCACAAGUCGGACAGGACUGCAGAAGCAUCAAGCGCAAUAAUUUACUCUUAAAGGGAGACAAUAGUGUUGGCUAUAUUAUUAUUAUUAUUAUUUUAUUUUUUAUAAUCAAAAUUGGUUGUAAACUUAGAUUGGAGCUUUUCAUUUUAAUUAUUUUGUGGGUUCUUCACAGUUCAAAUAGAUACAAAUUAUAAAACGGAUGGAAUAAUUUUCAUGACUUGGCUUAUACCAUUCAGGGACAUAGUUAAGCAUGUUAAUAAACUAUGGCUAAAAAAGAGAUUGCAGCCAUACCAUUUCAUUACAGCAGUGAUCAGCUGACAGUCGUAGCCAAAGUUCCACAUCACUGCUCAGACUAAUGAGGAAGUAGCAGCA